UAUAUAUAUAUAGAGGUUGUCAGAGCACUACUUCGUUGUUGGUCAAGAAAUGGAUCCAACAACACAGAACGAAGAAGACACAGGGGGUAUUGAUAGAAUCAAUAGUCUAUCAAACUCAAUUUUGUGCCACAUCUUAUCAUUCCUCCCGACCAAAACGUGUGUGGCGACAAGCCUUGUGUGUCGCAGGUGGCGCAACCUCUGGGAGCACGUCAAGGUGCUAAACCUUUGUGAUGAUGCUUUUAAGGCUUAUGGGAACCUAGACUUGUUCGAACGCUUUGCCAUUUUUGUGAACGGAGUGCUCGCUCUAAGAAAGUGUCGUGAAAUUCAAAAGCUAUGUCUCAAAUGUGAGUACUCACUUGUAGACAUGCUCUCCUCCAUCUCUAUCACCACAUGGGUUCGCGCCGCCAUUGGACCCCAACUCGAGGAGUUGCGCCUCGAUCUCUACCCUAUGGAUGGACCUGAGUUUGUGGUCCCUCGUACCCUUUUCACUUGCACCAAUCUCGUCUCUCUCUAUCUCUGUGGUCCGAUCAACAUUCAUAAUCUUUCUUUAGUUCAGUUGCCAUCCUUGAAGGUCUUGCAACUCAACAUCGUCUCUGUGGAUUCCAUUCAGGCACUUUUGUAUGGUUGUCCAAUCCUUGAAACUCUUGAUCUCUCUUUCUCGACCACAAGCUUCCCCAUGCUUCGUUUCCCUCCUUCUUUAAAGAGGUUGAAUUUUGUGGUUUACGACAAGUCAGGGACUUACCUUGAAUUUGACACCCCUUGUCUUAACUAUCUCAGAAUCGGCCAAAGCUUUGCCCCCUUCAAGUGUUCCUAUUGUCACUUACACAAAGUGGUGGAAGCGAAUCUUGAUGUUUAUGUCGCAUAUGAGUAUAUGUUUCGCAAGCUUUUACAUGCUCUUUCUGGAGUAAAGCAUCUAGUCUUGGGUUGUUCUACAACAAAGAACAUGAUUCGUGCCCCUACUCUUGAUAUUCCAAAAUUUCGCUAUUUACAUGAGUUGGAGCUCGUUCUACCACAUUUCAACAUGAGUUUUGUGGUGAAAAUACUCGAGAAAUGUCAUAUGCUUCGACUUCUCACAAUUGAGAAUAACAAUGAACCAUCCAAAUGGGGAAAACCACCUAGGGCUCCUAUUUUUCAUCAUGUAUUACACCUGACCUUUAUUCACUAUAAAGGAUAUCAAGGAUUCACUGAUGAGCUAGAGUUUCUUGCGUAUGUUUUACGAGAAGGAAUUGUUUUGGAGAGAAUGAUUAUAUCUACUGAUAGAUUUUUAGACAUUCAACAGAAGAACAAAGUUCUCAAAAACUUAUUGGCAUUACCAAGGUGCUCCAGCAUGUGUGAAAUUAAGUUUGAUUGCGCUACAUCUCCUUAAG